UCUUAAAGAGUAUAUAGAACCUUAUCAACUUGGUAUAUAUUAUAGAAAAAUAUGUGAUACAAAUCAAAAAACAACUUUGAAUUUAUGGAAUAAUCAAAAAUUAAAAUAUAUAGUUGCUACAAACGCUUUUGGUAUAGGAGUUCAUACAUCUCAUGUUCGAACAAUUAUUCAUACUACCUUUCUAUUAUCUCCAACAAAUUUUGUGCAAGAG